UGUUCCUUGUGCUUCUUAUCACUGUCAUUACUAUUUCAUUUGCUACUCUGCUUCCAGCGUAUUAAUACUUCACUUUCUCCUCCAAUGGAUUCUAAAGCUCUGAGAAACUAUUUCAUCCUAUCAACCCACCUUCUCUUUCUCUCUCUACUGGAACACUCUUUCAUGGCCGAAGCGGCAACCUGUGACGAUUGUUAUACACAGUCUAGAGCUGCAUACUACUCGAGUCAAGAUGAUUUGGGAACUGAAGUUGGUGCUUGUGGGUUUGGAUCGUUUGGAGUGAGCCUGAACGGUGGGGAUGUGUCGGCUGCAUCGCAGUUAUACAGGAAUGGUGUUGGCUGUGGAUCGUGCUACCAGGUGAGAUGCACCAAUAACAAGAACUGCUCGGAGCAAGGGGUAACCAUCGUCAUAACAGAUCACGGUGAGGGCGAUAGAACAGAUUUCAUACUCAGCAGGCGAGCCUUUGGAAAGAUGGCUCGGACCCAAGACGCGUCCUCUUCCCUUUUGGCCCUUGGUGUUCUUGACAUAGAAUAUAAACGUGUGUCCUGCAACUAUCCCAACAAGAACAUCACGUUUAAGGUGGACGAGGCCAGUAACUAUCCUCACUACCUGGCCUUCCUCAUUUGGUACCAGCAAGGCAAGAAGGACAUAAUCGCAGUGCAACUAUGCGAGACUAAAAAUCUUGAGUGUAAGCUGGUUGAUAGAAGCCAUGGAGCAGUUUGGGCCGUGAACGAACCACCAAGUGGACCUCUCUCUAUAAGGCUUUUAGUGAGCGGUGGGGAAGAUGGAGAUGAGACAUGGGUUGUUCCUACAAAUACUUUGCCUCAAGAUUGGAAGGCUGGAGAGGUGUACGACUCUGGUUUGCAGAUGGAUUUGUGAAAAUUUUCUUGAAACUUCAGAGUGGUGAUUUACCCCUCUAAUUAACAUAUUUAUGCAAUUGAAUAAUUCAAUAUGGAAACCAAAAUUGGGUUGUAUGCUAGUGUGUGUCAUGAGGUUGUAGCGAUUUACAUUCAAAGGAGGUUGUUGUAGUGAUCUUGUUUGUUUGAUUAGUGUAUUCAUAUUCUUCAUUUUUAGAAAUGAAUUUCGAUUUUUCAAUU